UUUUAUGAAUGAAGUGAGUCACUGCGCCGAUGUGUCAUAGGCCCGACGUCUUUAUAAAGGAAGUUUUAAACAAGCCUAAACACUUCACUGCGCGCAAAAAUUGGACUUACCACACUCGCAUCCCUCUCUCUCCCUCUCUCUCUCUCUCACGCUGUCUCUCUGCAUUUCUGUUACUUCUCUCUGUCCAAAAAAAAGGAAAAAAAACUACCUUCUUUUAUAAAGAAGACUACAGGAGCUGAUCUCAAACUUUACUGAAAACAUAAAGUUUGCCGAUCCUCCUCUUCUUCCAUCACUCUGUCCUCCUCCUCUCAUCCAUCCUCUCGUCCUCCGCACUGACUGAAGAGACUGGAACACGUGACUAUAUCCGGAGUUCAAUCUAUUUAUUUUUUCCCCCCUUAUUUAUUUGAUCUGUUUUUGGGGGAUCCAAAUCAAUAUGAAAUUGCUGCUGGACUCCUCCUCAUCGCUCCUGUUCUCGCUGCUACUGGCCCAGCUCCCUGUUUUCAUGUCUGCCAACCCCGUCCCUCGGCGUCCCAACUACAUGGAUAAAUUGUCUAAUCAGACCAAAAAUCUAAUGAAGCUCACCCAAGACUUGCUGAGGGAGCACGCGUUUGACGCAGACGUGGAACCCCACAGGUUCACAUCUUUGCCAGAAAUGAGCAACAGAUCAGCCAAUGACCUCAACAAUCUUGAGGUGAAGACCACGCUCACUCAGCUGCACACUGGCCUGAUGCUGUAUGAGCACCACUUCGAGUGGCUGAACAAGGUGUCAAAAAAGCACCACCACCCUGCGCUGCCCAAACUGGCUGACAUGAUCAGAGCAAUGAAAGCCCUCAUGCACCUACUGCACUCCCAGAUGGUGAGAGUAGAAGCCCCAAAGGUGACUCCAGCAGCCCCCUCCCUCCCUCCUCAACUCUCCCAUCAGUUUGAUGUCUUGCAGUCCACCAAUGAGCUCCUGCAGCACUUCAAGCUCUUCUGUGACUGGGCGUAUCGAGCAUUCAUCAGCCUCAAGUCCAGGAUGUCGGCGGUACAAUGAUGACGCCUAAAAUGAACAGCAGCAGAGCCAGUAAGGUUUGAUGGAGCCCUGCUUCAGUUAAAGGGAAUCAGGACCCUGUCAGUGUGCACUGUCGUUAACAGCAUCCCUUAAGGUGCCCAAAGGCCAUCCAGUGACAUUUGCAUUAAGGAAUGUGUCUUUCUAUAAGAGCCAACGAGGAUGCACUAUACUGCAGCCGGUCAUGACUGAUUCAACAUCCACGUUAAAGUAUACUGCAAGUUAAACUACUACAAGACCCUCCCUCAACCUCUUCCUCAAGUCCUCAUAACCAUGUUAUUUAUGUAUUUAUUUAUUUAUUGACUGUCUGUAAUUUAUUUAAUUUUAUUUAUUUAAAGUUGCAAUGUGUCACCCUCAAUUUUUUUCUGUAAUAACAUGAAUUUUCCAGAUUUCCAUAAUCAUUUUCACUCUCUAAUGUGUUUACCUUAAAAAAGAAAAAAGAGAAAAAAGAAAAAGAAAACAAAAGGACAAUAUCUGGUAAUGUUUUUUCUUCCACACUGACUUUUACAUUUAUAUAUUUCUGCAGCCAUUAAUUACUCCAGUAGCUGUAGCACAGUUUAGGGACGUCCAAGGAUUUUGGAAUGUCUCAUUUACAGUGUCCUCAGAUUAAAUACAUUUUACACAAUGGUAAUGACCUUCUAAACCAACAUACAAAGGUAUCGAUUCACAAUUCAGAUUAAAUUGCAUUUAUCAGUAACUAACAGGAUGGUAGCCAAACAGAAGGACCACAGGUAGUUUCUAUUUUAACUGUCUUUUCUUGCUUUCUGCAUGAUGAGGCAUAUUUAAUGUUGUGGUAAAUUUGUAUGAAUGUGCCCUGUUGCUGAGCACUGAUGGAGCUGAUUAGAUUCUUUGCACAAACUUGUUAGGAUUAGCCUCUUGAAAGAGUGAGAUGGCUGAUUUUAAACCUGUGCUUCGGGGUAGAAUUUUUUUUCUUAGUAAAAUUCCCCAAGCCUUAAAAUACUAUGUAUUGUGACACUAUUUCUGUACAGAUGUACAUAAAUGUAAAGGAAUGUAAAAUGCUGUAUGCAGUGCAUUGGUGUAUUAUGUUUUCUACUAUAUAUUGUAGAAUACUUUACCAAUUUUAUCACUAUAAUUUUGAUCAUUCCUAUUCUAGUAUUUGUUACACUAUUGCCUAUUUAUUUAAGUACUUUGGUGGAUCUAUUUAUUUUUUUGCUGCAGAGGAGCAAGUCUCCUAUCUUUUGUACUUUUUAUACUGUUUCUAUUCUUAUUUACUAUUAUUAUAUCAUCAUGUUAAAUUAUUGCUGUACCAUUUAAGAUGUUUCUUCCACACACUGAUUGGCCUCAAUGUGAAAUAUGUGCCUUGGCAAAAUAAAUCUGAAAGAAUGUGUACAA